CUGGGACUGGGGUUUGCUGCUGAACCUGUUUCAUGGUGCAGGUGAAUGAGUGCAGCAGCCCUAGGCCCUGAGGUUUCAUGGAUUGCUGUGUAUGGCACCAAAUCCAACCUCAGUCCAGCCAUUGACAAUCUUCUCCUUUCCAGCAUUCAGGACUGCCUAUCCGACGCGUGAGCCAGCAUGAACGUGGGGACGGCGCACAGCGAGGUGAACCCCAACACCCGCGUCAUGAACAGCCGGGGCAUCUGGCUCUCCUACGUGCUGGGGAUUGGCCUGCUGCAUGUGAUCCUCCUCAGCAUCCCCUUCUUCAGUGUCCCCGUGGUUUGGACUCUCACCAACAUCAUCCACAACAUGAGUAUGUACAUCUUCCUGCACACGGUGAAAGGAACGCCCUUUGAGACGCCGGACCAGGGGAAAGCCCGGCUGCUCACGCACUGGGAGCAGAUGGACUAUGGGGUGCAGUUCACGGCAUCGCGCAAGUUCCUGACCAUCACGCCCAUCGUGCUGUAUUUCCUCACCAGUUUCUACACGAAAUAUGACCGGAUACACUUCAUAAUCAACACCAUCUCCCUGAUGAGCGUCUUGAUCCCCAAACUGCCCCAGCUCCACGGAGUCCGGAUCUUUGGGAUCAACAAGUACUGAGCCCCCUGGAUGAAGUGAGCUGAAGUGGAAGGGGAAACCCCGUGGUCUUAGUCCUCCCUCCCCCCCCGGCCGGGCUAUAAUUUCACAGCGGCUCUUUAAAUGCAGUAUCCAAUAGACGUGUAUACCGCAUGCAGGAUCCUCGUGCCCAAUAAAUCUAAGCAAACUCUGGAGUAGCAGAAUCCUGAGUAGAGUUUAGCAUGGAGCCAGGAGACUGAGGGGGGUGGACUUCUUGUGCUCCAGUAUCAUGAGUAGAUGCAGAUAGUCUGAGACGUUGAGGUACAAAUAGGUCAGUGUCUGGGGAGACUCCCAUCCAGAGGCCAAUACGCUGAAUGGAGAGAGCAGGGGUGGGGAGAAAGCUUUAAGAGCGAGUGGCCAUUACUAUGGCAAAUGCACUUUAAAAUACAGUGGCCCUUUUUGAGGUUAGAGGCACUCGCGAAGGGCUACGUGGGGAAAUUAAAGGGGGGCCUGGCCAGAUUUCCCAGGUGUGAAAAACUAGUUGGCCACUUUAAUUUUGGGAGGUGGAUUUUUUCUUCAACCUCUCUCCUCCCAUUGGGGAGGGAAUCGUUUUUUCUCAUGAGAAAACAGGAAGGAGUGACCUGGCAUUUCCAGGGGAGCUUUCCCGUUUUCCAAGGUACAGUUUGUGUGAUUCGGGGGGACAGAAUUGGAUUCCAAGGUGUUUCUAUUAAUUUAAACUAUAACCAAGGUCUGUCUUUGUUUAAAGUGGAAGUGGUUAUAUUUUAAAGUGGGUGUGAUUGGGGGGGGGAAGAGGGGGGUAUUCUCCCCCAUCACAUGCACCCCUGCAGUGUUACCCCUUAAUCCUACUGCCACAUAGGGCUAAGAGGUGUGAUGCUGCUGGUUGUUAGUUGUGUGAUUAAAAAUGUUAACACUGCCCAUGAGAGGUAUCUGAGUCACUUGAUGUGGAGAUGGGGGUGGGGAGAAAGGCUGAUGAUGGACAGGUUUGCUCUAGGUGAAGGACGGAGCGUCGUCGGGUACGGUAAUGGGGUGCUGGUACAGGCAGAGAGGUGACCGUGUUUGGUUUAAAUGGGUCUCGUUCUUCCACCCCCUUUGCCCAGGACUCCAAUGUCUAGAUCUAGAUCAGUGGCACUUGCCAAAUACCAGUGCUGGGCACAUCUCAGCAUGUGACAGCCCAGGCAGAAAACCCUUCUCGGACUUCUGGUUGGGCCUGAUGACGUGUCGGCAGCAUACUGUGGGCCACAAGCGAGGUUAAAGGAGCUGUAGAAUAGGAAUAUUGUAGUGGUGCCGUGUUGCUGAGUGAAGGCAGGAGCAGGCGGCAGAUGUGGCUGGCCAGCAAGAGGGCAACGGGUCUGACCGGUCACUGAAGCAUGUAACUUAUCAGUGGCAUAGAAAAUCCAAGAUGUGCAGUCUGUCACAUCCCCAGACCAUGGCUGCACAAGGCUACCCACCUGUCCGGGUCUGGACAGUGAAGGUGCUUGGCACAGCAGGGAGACAAGCAACUCUUGCUUUGCUGCCUUCUUCAUUAUCCAGAUUUGUUGUACUUGUUUAAAUCCAAAGCCCUGCUGUUCUGCCCCUGAACUGGUGGCUAGAUCCAGAGGUGGGGUACGGCACAUGUCAGUUAGUGGGUGGAACUUGCAUCCCAAGAAAGUGAGGGGCAAUGGGGUGUUGCAGGGGGCAGUUAAACCACAAGGGGAGCUAACCAUCCUUCUGUUUCUGACUCUUGUUCUGAUUUUGUUUAUGCAUCAUGAGCUUAUUUCAGGCUGCUCAGUGGAGCGAUCAUGUUUUCUGCACCCUGCAUUGGCGUGUGGGAGGGAACCCUACCUAGUAAAGCGCGUGUGUGUUUUUCUACUAAGUGGCUGUUAGCAGAUGAGCUAGUUAUCCACAGAGUCAGGAGCUGGUCUGGAGGACAAUGUGGGAUUUUUAAUUUAAUUAUAAUCUGCAAUAGAAAUGCAAUAAUCCCAGUGUGGAGAUUGUUGAACAAAGUUUUGAGAAUCAUCGUUUGGGGUAAAUGAGAGGCUUGUAAUUAGUAGACGGGGGCGGGGGGCAUUUUCAAUAUAACAGGGAGGUUUGGAUAACCGAGGAUGAAGCAUAGUUGCAACACUCAAUAUCCUCCCCCACUCCCCGCAUCAAAAUUGCCAGCUGGAGUGAAAGGUUAGCAGCAGAAUUAGCUCCUAGUGGCUGGGGUAGCUGUCCACUCAUCAAAACCGUAGGAUUUUCUCGAGGGUCAAUAUGCUGGUUGAAAUAAGCCUUUGUUUAUAUUUUUCAUGAUACCCUUGCAGGUUCAUGAAGGUGAUUUUUGUUUGUUAGUGUUUUGAGUGUCUUGAGUUUUCUGACAAUGUAAAUGUUUUAAAUAAGACAUUUUAGUUCCUGCAUUAGCCAGAUGUAGCUUUGGAACUGAGCAGGCGGUACAGUGGGUACUAUCGACAGAGUUUAGACCUGAUCUGAUGGUCCAGGACAGGAAUUCCCAAAUCUGAAUCUCAGCCCUUGUCCUGACUCCUCACCUGCCUUUGGGUGAACUGCUUUACCUCUCUGGCUCAGUUUCAUCACUUGUACCCCGCAGAGGGGGAGAAAUCAUCAGCCUA